AUGGAACCCAACGCCGGCUCCUUCUGGUUUCAGCCCCGCCGCCGCCCCCUCCUUAAUCCGGUGGCUCUCAUCUUAACCAUUCCAAUUAUAGCCCUACUCAUUCUCUUUUUUGUGAUACAUCCAUUCAUCUCACACACCAAUCAAAUCCUGAGGCCUAAUUCGGUUAAAAAGAGCUGGGAUUCGCUCAACAUCUUGCUUGUUCUGUUCGCCGUUCUCUGCGGAAUCUUUGCCCGACGCAACGAUGACGAUCGCCCAAUUGCAGCCGCGGCUAAUGUUUGCGAUCAUAGGCCUAGCCAGUCUGUUCCGGCGUGGAUCGAUUUUCCAGAUCGGAGAGAGUACAACAGCAACUUCGGCGGCGGUAGGUUGCGGCGGAGCAGCAGCUCUUAUCCUGAUAUGCGGCAGGAGUCGGUUUGGGAGAUUGAAGGUGCUAACAGGAACAGGUUCAUGGAUGAUUUUGAAUUUAAUUUCUACACGUCUCCUCCGCCUCCUCGUGUAGAAAACUAUGAGCUCCGGCAAAAGAGACACGAGGCUGAGGCUGAGGCGGAGGCGGAAAUUCACGUGGAUAAAUUUGAGGUUGCAGCACCUCCUGAACACAUGACUCCUCCACCGCCUCAGCCGAACUCGAUUUUCAUCAAUAUAUUCAAAAGCAGGCGGUACACACACCCAUCCGCCGCUCCAGCACCGAGUUUUUCCCGGCGGCAGUUAGGUUUUUGUACGCCGCCGAGAACGACUUGA